CUAUUUCACCGAAACCUGCUACAGAAGGCAAUAAAUGGACGAAGAAAAGUUAUAAAAAAGACGCGCCUUGGAAACAAAAAAUGAUUCAUUGAUGAAGCACAUUAAAUGUGAAAGAAAUCAGAGCAGAGUAAUGAACAAGCAGCAGCUUCAGCUUUCAGCGAUGUUUUUCUACCUUAUCGCGUUUGUUAAUGCAUCAGGAUGGAUGGCAUGUCCCGAGUUAAGUCCAGCAUUACGAUUACCCUGUAAAUGUCAAAUCGAGCAAAAUGGAUUGGACGAGCAAUUAAAAGCAGUUGGCAUGAAUUGCGAUCAUAUCGUCUUUACGUCAGAUACGCCGCAGAUUCCUUUCGGUGCUCCAAUCACGACUUUCUCGCAGCGAUAUUCUGGACAACAAACGCUGCCAACACAGACUUUUGCAACAUCGAAUCUACCGAUAAAGAAACUUGAUUUCUCGCACAAUGCUAUACGAAGAUUGGCUGAUAAAGCGUUCAAUGGAAUACAGGAUACGUUAAUUGAGUUGAGAUUAACUGAUAAUUUAUUCGGCGACUCUUUGAAUCCGAUUUUCUCAACGAUUGAGUUCCAGACACUGACCAACUUACUGAUACUGGAUUUGUCCGGAAAUAAGAUUAAAGCGAUCGAAGAAGGAAUCUUAAAAGGAUGUGAGAAACUCGAUGAAUUUCAAAUGAAUCACAAUAGUUUAUCAGCUGUUCCAACAAACUCUUUGAAUGGUCCAUUAUCGCUUCGGAUUUUGUCUUUGCGUAAUAAUCACAUUUCAGUUGUAAGAUCAGAAGCUUUCGCCGCCCAACCAGGCCUUGAGAAGAUUGAUUUGCGUUACAACCGAAUCAAUCAAUUAGAGAGCGACGCUUUCGGUCAACUAACGAAAGUGAAGGAAAUUCUCUUAGCUGGCAAUCGUCUUACUCGAAUGAACAGCGACGUCUUCGAGGGCAUUGAUACUUUGCAAAAGCUCGAUUUAUCAGAAAAUUUCAUCACAAGUUUUCCUGUUGUGGCAUUGAGGGAAAUUGAAAAUGUAAAAGUACUCAACCUGUCAUCCAACAUGAUCAAAAAGAUGGACGCAACUUAUCUUCAAUCACUGAAAUCAUUACAAAUAUUGGAUUUGAGUAGAAAUGGAAUAACAUCAAUUCCACCGGGAACUUUUCGAGAGCAGAAGAAUUUGAGAUUCCUUGAUUUAAGUUUGAAUUCUCUGAGAACAAUUGAAGAUGAUGCCUUGGAAGGUCUCAAUUCACUUCAAACUUUGAUUAUUCGUGACAACAACAUUCUUCUAAUUCCUGGCAGCGCUCUUGGUCGUUUACCAAAGCUUUCGAAUCUUUAUCUAGACUAUAAUCGUGUCGCUGCUUUAUCAUUUGAAAUUCUUGGUUCAAUUCAAGCUGAAGAUAUUCGCUACAUGUCGCUUAGUCGCAAUGUCAUCAGAGAACUUCCUGGCGGAAGUUUUCAAAUGUUCAAGAAUCUUUUAUUCUUGGACCUUUCUGGAAAUUCUCUUGCAAUUCUUAAUUCUGAGAUGUUUGUUGGUUUGGAAAAUUCUUUAAUGGAGUUGAAAUUGGGACAAAACAAAAUCACAAAUAUUGGAAAUAUUCCAUUGAAGCUUUCACAGUUGAGACGAUUGGAUUUGAGUUAUAAUAACAUCGUUGACAUCCCGAAAAAUGCUUUCGAAGGAAUUGAGAAUUUGAUGUACUUAAAUAUGAGUAAUAAUCAUCAUUUAGCUCCAAUGCCGAUAAAUCUUCUCAGUCCAUUAUCAAAACUUCAGACAUUUGACAUUUCCAACAUUGGAUUGAGAAUGAUUCAACCUGAACUCUUCGCAAAGUCACCAAAUUUGAGAACAAUUGUCAUUAAAAGUAACAAAGUCAGUGAACUUUCUGAAGGAACUUUCAGCAAUCUAAGAAACUUAACAACCGUUGAUUUAUCAUUCAAUAACAUUGUAACAAUAAAGCCAAGUGCUUUCAUCAACGCCAUGAACAUUCGACAAUUAUCAUUAAAAGGAAAUCAAUUGAGUGCUUUCAAAGGUGAAAUAUUCAACACUGGAACUGGUCUUGAAGAGCUCGACAUCUCCGAAAAUCAAUUAAGUUAUCUCUUUCCAACAUCAUUCAGAAUUCAUCCAAGAUUGCGACGAUUAGUUGCAUCGAAUAACAAAUUCAAUUUCUUCCCAGCUGCAAUCAUUGCUGGUCUUCAAUUCUUGGAGCACAUCGAUUUAUCUAACAAUGAAUUGAAAACUGUUGAAGAAUUGGACUUCGCGAGACUCCCACGAUUAAGACAAUUAAUCUUGUCACGAAAUAAUCUCGAAUCAAUCAGUGAAAUGGCAUUUCACAACUCAUCCCAACUUCAAUAUCUCGAUUUGAGCAUGAAUAAACUCGAGAGACUUGGUGAGAGAACUUUUGAAGGCUUAGCGAGAAUUGAAUUCAUGAAUUUGGAUGGCAAUCAAUUAUCAGAACUUCCUGAAACACUUUUCGAACGAUCGCGAUUACAAAUGUUGGAGAAUAUCAUUUUAUCGAACAAUAAAUUUGAAACAGCGCCAUUGAAGUCACUUCAGCGACAAUAUUACUUCGUGAGUUUUGUUGAUUUGAGUAACAAUAAAAUCAGUGAAAUUCCAGCUGAUGACAGCAUCAUGGUUAACAUCAAACGACUCGACUUAUCCUACAACCCUCUCAAUGAAGAUUCCGUCAAAAACAUUUUAAGUGAACCUAAAACAGUUCGUGAAUUGAAUUUAGCGGGAACGGGCAUCAAACACAUUACGUCGCUUGAAACUCCUUUCCUUCAGAACCUUAACUUAUCGAACAACGAUUUAAGAACAUUGGAUGACAAGAUUUUCGAGCGAGCAACACUUCUCGAGAGUUUGGAUCUGUCAAAUAAUCAUUUGAAGAACUUAAAGCCACUUUCAAUGAUUUGGCCGAAACUUCCAAGCUUGCAAGUUCUUGAUCUGUCAAAUAACUCAUUUGAAAUUAUUGCACAAGGUGAUUUUGAUAAUCUUGAGAUGCUUCGAUUAUUGUCGAUUCAUAGUUUGGAGAAAUGUUCGAGAAUUGAAAAAAAUGCUUUCAAAAAUCUUCCAAAUCUUUCCGAAUUGAAAGCUUAUGACUAUCCGAUACUUGGUUACAUGGAUGUCCAAGGAAUUCUCGCUGAACUUCCAGGUUUAGAGAAAUUGGACAUUGAAUUGAAAGAUGCAGCAGUUGGCAGUGAUCAACUACAACCAGCUAACCAUCCAAGAUUGAAAGAAUUGGGCAUUAGAGGAUACAGAUUAAGAUCGAUCUCAAGUAGUUCGUUGGCGGGUUUGAAAAGCAAAGAUUUAUUCAUAAAAUUACGCAACACAUCAUUAAGCAACAUUCAGCCAGCAUUACUUUUCCCUGUUCCAAGAUCGGCGAAUUUGCAUUUGGAUAUUUCCGGUUCAAUGAUUACAGUUCUCACGCCACAAUUGUUGAAUACAUUAGAAGACAGAAGAAACAGUUUACAACUGAGUGGAUUGGGUUCAAAUCCCAUUCAUUGCGAUUGUAAUGCUCGAGCACUUCGUAGGUGGCUUCCAAGUUCACAUAUGACAGAUUUGAAAUGUGUUACACCGGAUGAUUUGAACGGAAAACUUUUGAUUGAAGUUGGUGAUGAUGAAUUAACUUGUAAUCCGAGAAAGUCAACAACAUAUUCCCAAGAAGAAUCUUCAACAUUUCCGUCGUUACCACCAAAACCAUCAUCAAGAAUUCUCACGCGUCCAACAACACAAGAACCUGACAUAAUUUGGAGUGUUCCAAUCACGCAAUCAGCAAAGAUCAAAACGAAAUUACCUCAAAUUAAGCAGCCAAUGACUAAUGACGAUACUUUGAUCAUUGGAAUUGUUGGAGGUGUUGUUGCAUUCAUUGCGAUUCUCAUUAUUGUCAUUUGUAUUGUUCGGCUGAGAAUGAGUGGGCCAAACUAUCCCAGUACGCAUUUGAUGCCAAUGCCAAUGGGGCCUGGCAGUGUUCAACUGAGUUACAAAGCCGCUCCAACAAUCUACGCAGUUCCCCCAUACGCUACUCAAAGCUACGCAACGCUUCCUCAUAAAAUGUCUUCAUCGUCUCAACCCUCGCUGAGACAAAACUUCUCAACCAUGGGACGAAUGCAAGCGAAUGGUCAGCAACAACAGCCUUACUACAUCUACCAAGAUGACAAGGCUUAUAGAUAGUAAAAUAAAAAUUUAAUUAAUUUAAUUGUGUAACAUUUACACAGCAGAGAUUUUGCGUGAAUGAUGAUGAAUGAAUGCGAAAGAUUUUUUAACUUUUUGUUUUUCUUUUAAUCUUCUUCACACGCACGACUGAAGGUGAUUAAUAUUGUUUAUCGUUGUUUAAAAAUAACAUUUCAUUAAAAGUAUUUAACACCUUCCUGGCACGUGUGAGACUUGUGGAUGAUGAUGAUACGAAUUUUUUCCUUUUUUAAAUAAAAAAAUCUGUAAAUAUUGUUUGAAAAGAAAGAAACAAUGGACAUGCAAGAAAAAAAAAUUAUGUUGUAGUUUAAUUGACCUUCAGGUGUAACUUUGUAUGUUGACAAAAUGACGAAAUAAAUUUAUUGAAAUUCAUAAAUAUUUUUGUUUCUUAACAUUGAAAUGUCGUGUUGUUAUUCGUCUACUUUUUCCUCGUUUUCUUCAUUCGAUGCAUGCUUUUUCUUAGCUUUCAGGAAUUCGUCGAACGUCGAGUUUAUUUCAGGACUGCUUUCGGCUUGCUUAGUAACAUCCAAAUUUUUGAUUUUGAUUUGGCGGCAAAUAUGCUUCUUAGCUUCUUCUAUAGUUGGAGUUCCAACAUGAACAGAAGCAUUGGUCUCUGUUGAAGUUGUAAUGACUUCAGUCUCAUCUCUUUUUUCAACUUGCAUUUGCUUUUUAAUCUUUAUCUCCUUUGAUUUUUCUUGCAGAGUUUCUUUGAAAGAUUCGCUCAAGAAAUCGUCAUCGCUACUGUAACUUUCAAAAUAUUCGUCGUCGCUUUUUGUACUCUCUGGUAUUGAACGUUUUGAUGAUUUCUUCAAACUUUCAUUUGUAAUAAUAUCGCCUAAGAAAUAAUCCUUAAUCUCUUGUUUGGUUGGUGGUGUAAUUUUCACUAAAUUUUCCAUUUUUAGAAGCCUAAGAAAAGUUCUAAGCAGUUAUUAUUUUAUUUGAUAAAAGUGAAUCUCAAUUCGUUCUUAAUCACUUCGAAUAUGAAUGAAAUUUUAAUUAGGGGUAAUUAUAGAAAAUUUCUAUUUUUUUAAAAUCUAAACAAUUGUGCAUCUAUGUCUAC